AUGAACUCUAUGCUAAAGAAAACCAAGAAUAAAAAGAAUUCAGAUAAAAGUAGCGAGUCAACAACUCCCUCGAGAACAUCGGUUGAUUCUCGAUCGAACGAUAAUAGUAGCAACAAUGAGAAUACACACAGCAUGGCGAUAGCUUUACCAAACCGCAGCAGUGCAGCAAAUGUUGCUCUUACUCUUCUAUUGUCAAAGGCAUUACCAGUAGUUGCAAGAGCACAUAAAGCUUUUACUUCUAAAAAACCGAAACAAAUCAAGCGAAACCCAAAUGGGAGUGAAGAACAACUCAUAAAAGAAGAGAAUCCUAGCCAAGAGAAUCAUAUCACGGUAGUGGCUUCAGGUAAUUCUUCCAUUUACUCGAGUAAUGACAAACGACUAUCAAGAUCUCUAGAUGCAAUACCAAUUGACACAACCUCUCGCUCAGAACAUAUGCGGUUAUUGGCAACCAAUUGCCGGCGAUUAGUAUUCAACAUGUUGAUCAUACCAUCACAACUACUAAGCCCAAUAACAUUCAUAGUCAUAAUAAUACCAAAUUCACGUGGAUGGAAAGUUUAUCGUGUUAUAUUGAGAGGGUCAAAAUUAUAUUUUUAUAAACCACCUUCUGAAGAAGUCUUAAAAACCUUUUUUGAAGCGAGUAAGAACAAUAACAAUAACAACGAUAAUAAAGACUUUAUUAGUGGAAAUGAAAUUUCCUCUAAUCUAUCACCGAUUACAGAAAAUGAGCGAGGGAUGGAUUUGAAUCCCGCAAAUUUUGAUUCUAAUUUAAGGACAUUAAUUUUCGAAGAUUCCACAAAUGGACAAGAUUGGGACACCAAAUCGGUAAAUAGCACACGUGGAAUUACCGAUAAAGACAACAAUAAUGAUAAUAAUUCUGCUAACAGACAAGGUAAAGGAUACUUUACCAAAUGGAAGUUAGAUGGAUGUUAUCCGAUCCAUAAUGUCGAUGUUAUUCCUGAUCCGAAUUUAACGUCUGGCUAUUCGCCUUAUAUUGCGCCUUCAUCCCAACCGAAUUAUUUCUCCUCAACUCAACGUGUUAAUGAUGAUAACUCAUCUAUUAAUUCAUUUUCUUCAAAUGUAUCCGCGGCUCAAAAUACUCCAUCAUCAUCUGGUACAUUUUUAUAUCUUUCAAUCAUGGAUGGUGAACAAGAACAGUACAGAGUUUUUUGCAUAUCCAGUAGUGAGAAAAGAAAAUUAUGGGCAGCUAAAUUAUUUGCAGCCAAAGAAGCCAGUCUAAGAAAAAUGGUAAGAUUAAAAUCUCCCAGCGAAAUAUCCAACGAGAAAAUGCCGAUUUUAUCUAGCAAUGAAACCUCAGAAAAUUAUAAUGGAAUUAUUGCUACUAGUAUCCCUGUAAAUUUCGAAAAAACUGAUUUAGGGAGUCCUGGUCUACGAAGAGGCAGGGCUUUUUGGGGAACGGGAAAACAUUUUGAAUUAGUCACAAAAGAACUUCCAUAUCAACAAUCACAAUCUAUUAAUAUCUUUGAGAAUCCAGAACAACUGUAUCAAGAAUCUAAUGAUCAGCCGAAAACAGAACGCUGUAUUCGAGGAGGAUCAAUUGAUUCGUUGAUUCAUGAGAUGGUAUUUCAAACUCAAAAAGGCGAACGAGAUAAUGAUGAGUAUCUUUAUGCUUUUCUGCUCACAUAUCCGUUAUUCACUGAUGUACAUUAUAUUUUCCGAGAAUUAAGACGUUAUGCUAGGUUCCAUCUUGAAAAUGAUGAAUCAUCCGAAUCUAAAGCAAUUAGUAAAAGACUUAUCACUAUUUUGGAGACUUGGUGUCUUUGUUUUGAUGCGGAUUUAGCCAAGGAAGAAACUUUUAAUGAAAUGAUUGUAACUGUAGAUCAAGAAUUGAUAAGGAAUAAUGUUCCUGGCGCAGAAAACCUCAAAAAAUUAAUACAGGCCAAAAGAGUUCGAAUAGAAGAAGAACUUUCUAAGACAACGUUUACAUCAUCGCCCCCAUCGCCUCAAUUCUCCCAAGAUUAUUCAGAUCAGGAACCAACUUCAUUGGAUUUAUCCAAUUUACUUAUUACCGGUCUAACGCCAGCAUUAUUCUUGAAAAUGCAACCUGAAGAAUUGGCACAGCAACUUUAUAUUUAUCAUUUUGCGGAAUUUCGUAGAUUUAAUCCAGCCAGAGAUUUGAAAAGCUUUAUUCCAUCGAGUACAACUAUGAACAAUGGAGAAAACCCAUUAAACUUCACAGCUACGAAACCUCAUUUUAUCACCAGAUUAAUAUUGCAUCAUCUUCUAAUAGCGACACAACAAUCUGCUUAUGCACCUCGUAGACCAUCUCUCUUAAUCCAUUGGAUUCGCACAGGUGUAGAAUGCAAAGUAUUAGGAGACAUGGUAGGAUGGAUGGCUGUUGUAUCGGGUGUUUGCUCCCCUGGUGUAGUCCGUCUGAAAGAAACUUGGAAAAGAGUACCUGAGCAAUGGCGAAAAGUCAUUGUAAAUGAAUGGGCACCAAUUUUAUUAGAUUGUGGUGGAAUGGAAGGAGAUGUCGAUUCAUCUAAAUUAAGCUCUUUGUUACUUUAUCAAAAUGAAGAUAGGAGUCCGUCAACUCAAGUAAUACCAUAUCUUGGUUUAAUCACUCUUAAUCUUGAGCGUAUUUACAAUUCGAUACCUGCUUUCAUUGAUCGACCUGGAGCUUCGGCCACCAAUAUUAUUGCUUCCGGUAGUCGAAAUGGAUCUAGAGCUAAUAGAACUAAUAGCAUUAAUGGAUUACCGGGUAUUAUUAAUUUCGAGAAGUAUUGGAAAAUUUACGAUUUAAUUUUCCAAGCUUUUGAAAUAGAACAAUUAUUUAGCAGUGGUGAUUCAGUUGUUACCGCCAUCAAUAAUAGAUUAAAAAUAAUUGAAUCAAGUAUCUGUCCAUUCACAGCAAAGCCUCAACUUCAAAAAUAUUUUCAACAUUUAAACACAAUUCCUGCAUCAUCAUCGCUUGAUGCAUGGCAAUUAUUUGAAUCGUCAUUAGCGUGUGAACCACGAGUUCAUGGACAAUAUUUAGAAUCAAAUGCACGUCAACGUAAAUCACAUUCAGCUUAUUUUCCAUUAUUAUUCACCGAAGUUAUUCCAUCAAAUCGAUUAUUUGAACGUAAAGCAUUUUUGGAUGCAAGUGGAGCGCUUGGAAGGAAACCAUCAAAUUCUUCGAUUAAUUAUGAGAAUAAUAACGGAAAUGCAACUCUCACCAACACAUCAUUACCAUCUCCGAACACUACCUCAAAAAGAACAACGUCAUUACCACCAGCGAAAAUCGGACCAUUAACUUCAACCACCUGGAAUACAGGAUUAGAUUUGGUUACGAGAAAUUGGUUGGGUGGAUUUGUUCAAAGUCGAGGUUGCGAUAAUGUGUUAUUGAAAUCAAUGAAAGACAUUGCCGGUGUAGAUGAGAUUCUGUUGUUUGUCAAAGAUGGCGAAUUAGUAUUCAAAUCGAUUAGAGAUGCAACUGGAUCAAGACCACAAAGUAUUGUUGAAUCUUCGCCUCCAUCAAAAAGAAAUUCAUUUAUUGCUCUCGCCUAUCAUCAAUUAUCAUCAUCUACUACAUCAUUGGGAAGUAAUAAUAAUGCCAGUGGUAAUAAUAAUGAUGAAUCUUCACUAAUGGUGGUGGUUAAAGCUGGAACUUUGGAACGUCUAUUGGAUGUACUCAUUAACGGCGUUGCUUCUUAUAGUACGAGUGUAGUUGAUGAUAAUGGUGAACCACCGUUAAUUAUCGCGAAACAAGGACAAUUGACCAUUAAUUCUGCUGAAUAUAUGGCAACGUUUUUUGCCACCUAUCGUAGUUUUUGUAGUGCGAGUAUGUUGUUGGACAAUCUGAAAAAGAGAUUUAUGAAUGCAAAAAAUUUAGCAAAAUAUCCACAAGAUUCCAUUCCGAACAUCACCGCUAUGAAAGAAAAGGAAUCAGAGUCAUCUGAAACAAAAUAUGACUGGAAAAUGAUUGCAACGAUACAAACGCGAAUUUUGUCUGUCCUUGAAUAUUGGAUUCAGGAAUCAUUCCAUGAUUUUUUGGACGAUUUGCCUUUGAAAAAUCGAAUGAUGCAUUUUAUCGAUGAAUUUAACGUGGAAGUUGAUCAAUGGUCUAAUCUGGUUAAUGACGACGAAUCCUCUCGAUACGCGGAAGAAGUCAAGGCAUUGGUUUUAUCUCUCAAACGUUUGGCUUUGUUAAGGAGUUAUGAACCAUCAUGUGACAUAAAAGAUGGAAAAUCAAUUGCUUUAAUGGAUGCAAUACUUAAAGCUGAAAAGGCCAUUGAUACCAAUAAUAAUAUUAAUUCUAAUGUCCGAGAUGAUGUAACAGACUUACCGCCUAUCGUCCAGUCGAUUGAAAAUAACAAUUUUGCUGAUUUAUUGGAUAGUAUUGAUCUUCUUGUACUUGAAUUAUUUGAAUCCGUCUCACCCAAAGAUUGGAUUUUAGCUUUUGAAAUCCUGGAAACCCAAUCUGCCGAAGUUUUAGGUUGGUAUCAAAAGAAACAGACAAGUUGGAUUCCAGACGACGAGCUCGUGAUCACAGAUAUAUUCACCACACUCUAUCAAACAAAUUGGGUGAGAAAUAAUAAAGAUUCGGUGCUUAACGUUCUUCCACCAUCAAUUCAGGCUCUUAUUCGUCUUCAUUAUGGUAUUCGCAAUUGGACAAUUCACGAAAUUACCUCAACUCACAUUGAUUUCCAGUCAAGAGCGAAGAGAAUUGAUUCAUUACUUAAUAUGAUAUCAUUAAGUAGAAAACGAAUGACACGGAGAAGCGUUCCAUCCUUUGUUGAAAGUGCUAUCGUGGGCGGAUUGAUUAGCCCAGAGAGUAGAUUAUUUAUUAGAGCUUGGUUGGAAGUCGCAAAUCAACGUAAUUGUUCGUUAGAAACAUUGGAACCGAUGUUGGAGAUUUGCUGCAAUAUUCCGGACAUGUCAUUCGAAUCCGAUAAAUUAAUUAAUUUCGAUAAAAGGCGCUACGUCUAUAAUCUAAUUCAAAUAUUUGUGCGUUCUCAACUGGAUCUAGUGGAACGUGCAGAGCAUCGUCAUCCGAUUAUUGAUGUUCGAUUUUUAAAGAUUAAUAAUAAUUCUUUGCAAUUAAAAAUCGGAAAAACUGAUUUACGUGUGUUAAAAGAGAUUUCAGCUAAAGAAGCAUUUAAUAUGAAAUUAGUUAAUAAAUCUUCGAAGCAACAGCUAUUCAAUAAAUUGUUAAACGAACAGCAAGAGAAACUGAAACGCGAUCAAAAGGAACGAGAAAAACUGGUCAAAGAAAUUCGAGAAACUCAACACAAACUACAGAAACAAAAGAAUGAAGAAGCUCGUCUCUUAGAGAAACGUUCAAAAGAACAAAAACAACAGCAACAGCAACAUCAACCAGAUCAAUUACAUCACAAUGGAAGCCUGUUGGUGAUAAAUCUCAUUAACUCGCAAACAUCCGUUGAUUAUGGACUCGCUCAAAAAGAAUCAGUAUUCCGAAUUGUAAGUGAAGAAGGCGGCCAAUAUCUAUUUCAAGCACUUAACGAUGAGGAUAUGCAUGAUUGGAUAUGCAAAAUCACCGAAUCUGCUAAAGAAGCUGCUGCUAGAAGACUUACUGUGUUUGAAGCUGAUGCCGCCCAUGAUGAUGGUGGCAAGAACAGUAACGAUAAGGAUAUUGAUAUUGAUCUGCCACCAAAGACGCGUGGUUCAGUUUAUGGCAAAGCAAUAUCGACGCUAAUGAGAAAUGGUGAAAUCCCUAUUCUUGUCGAAAAAUGCAUAAGCGAGAUUGAGAAACGAGGUUUGAAUGAAGUUGGUAUUUAUCGUGUACCUGGUUCUCAAACUGCAAUUAACAAUUUGCAAAAGGCCUUUAAUACAAACGCUCAUUUGGUGGAUUUAAGCGCAGAUGAGUAUAGUGACAUUAAUGUGGUUGCUGAUGCUCUCAAGCUUUUCUUCCGCAGCUUACCUGAACCAUUAAUGACCUACAAAUUAUAUGACGAUUUCAUACAAGCUGCUGGACUUGAAGAUCACGACCAAAGAUCCCAUGCAAUUAGAGAUCUUUUGCAAAAAUUACCACACUCAAAUUAUUGUUUAUUGAAGAAACUAAUUGAACAUUUAGAAAGAAUUACUGAUUAUGAAGAGAUUAAUCACAUGUAUGCCCAUAAUUUGGCAAUCGUCUUUGGACCAACAUUAUUGAAAUCACCCGAUUUCUCCGUUACAAUGGCAAAUUUGGGACGUCAUACUGGAAUCGUUAAGAAUCUUAUACUUCAAUAUCAUUGGUUUUUCAAUAUCGAAGAAGAGGCUACCGACAAUGAAUUCCACGAGUUUUCUGAUCCUAAUACCCAAUAUAAUCCGCAUUCGGAGCUACCAAUUUCGGAUGAUAAUUCAUCAUCCGAAGAGGCUGAACAUGGAUGGGAGGGUAAUUCAUCAGCUGCAGAGACCUAUGGCGCUGAAUCUUAUGACGAAUUCCAACAACAGGGCUCGAUUAUUUCCACUGAUGAUCAGUCGUUAAUUGAAGAAGAAUAUGAAGAUCAUCAACAGUUAAAAAAUAUGGACACUGAUAUAACAUCUUCGUUGGAUGACGGUACUCAAGUAGUAGAUCAAUUCUUCAUUGGCGCUGCUGCUACUGCUCCUGGCCAUAGAGAAUCCAUGUUACCAGAUGUAAUAGAAGAUCCCGAAGGAGAACGAGAAGAGUCGGAUAAUGAAAGAUUAAUCAUUCCUAGUUGA